AUGGUUAUUAUUAAAUCCAUUUCAAACUACGCAGCAGUAAAUGUGUCAAACAGCACACCACCAGUGGUAAAAACUAUAUUAGAUCCAAAACGGCGAAACGACAUCGUCGAUGAAGCGUUUAUGGAGCAAAAAGACGUUUUGUUAGAUAUGUUAGAAACAAAAUUAAAAGAAGUACGCGAUAAGAAAAAGAAAAAAGGCGAUCGGGGUGAUGUUUCGAACACUACUAAUUUUUCGAAUUAUAACGGAGAUAGUGCUAAAUGUGAGCCUCUACCUAAAAAUGUUGAUUUGAAAGUAAAUGCGCAUGGAAUAAGUGCAAUCGGUGAAACCGACGUAAAACUAAAAUUUGGAGAGACAGGUCCUCUCUUUCAAAGAAAGGCUUGUGAAUUGAUAAACCAAACAACUACUGUUUCAUCAGCUACAAGUUCAAAUCCUGCUUUUAUUGAUUUAAAAAACCACAAUGGCAGAAGAAUGAAUAACGAUAAAUUUAACAAUACAGUAACAUUAGAGUCCAAUAGUACCACACCGAGUAAAAUUGACUACCCUGGUUUACAUGUGAAUAGUACCGAAAAAAUACCUCUAGAUGUUAAACAAAAUAAUGAUACUGUUAACGCUGUUACACCAAAUUUGAAGCAAUCUGUCACUCCUUCAAACAACACCAAAACAUAG